AUGAUGAACUCUACAAAAACUUCUAAUAUUUUCUUUAUGGGUUACUUUCUCCCGUUCGUUUGGGGUUUUGUGUUGAUGGAGGUUGGUUUAGGACAAAACCAAGCAACUGAAAUCAAAUUAGGAGUAGUUCUUGAUCUCCAAACUCCAUUUUCCAAGAUCUGCCUCACAUCCAUGAACAUGUCGUUGUCUGAUUUCUAUAGUAAACAUGCUGAUUACACAACACGACUUAAGAUCCACGUAAGAGAUUCCAUGGAAGAUGUCGUUCAGGCUUCAGCUGCAGCCGUGGACCUAAUCAAGAACGAGAAAGUGAGCGCCAUCAUUGGACCAAGAAGCUCCAUGCAAACUGAGUUUAUGAUCAGGCUAGCCAACAUAUCACAAGUACCAACCAUCACAUUUUCGGCAACAUGUCCUUCACUGACAUCCAUCCAUAGCCCUUACUUUGUCAGAGCCACUCUCGACGACUCAUCCCAAGUUAGAGCCAUUGCGGCCAUUGUCAAAUCAUUCGGCUGGAGAAACAUCGUUGCCAUAUAUGUGGACAACGAAUUCGGAAAAGGAAUAAUGCCUUACUUGUCUGACGCUUUAAGUGACGUGCAAGCUUUUGUUGUCAAUAGAUGUUUGAUCCCUGAGGAUGCUAAUGAUGAUCAGAUUCUUAAGGAGCUUUAUAAGCUAAUGACGAUGCAAACGAGAGUAUUCGUCGUCCACAUGCCAUCAACUCUCGGUUUCCGGUUUUUUCAGAAAGCCAGAGAGAUCGGGAUGAUGGAGGAAGGAUAUGUAUGGUUAUUGACAGAUGGAAUGAUGAAUUUGCUGAAAUCUAACGAACGUGGUAGCUGCUUGGAGAAUAUGCAAGGGGUUUUAGGUGUGAGGAGCCAUAUCCCUAAAUCAAAUGACCUCGAAGAUUUCAGAUUGAGUUGGAAGAAAAACUCACUGAAGGGGAAGGAUGUAGAGCUGAACAUUUUUGCAUUAAGAGCAUAUGAUUCGAUCACUGCAUUAGCCAUGGCCGUGGAGAAAGCCAGUAUAAAGAGCUUGUGGUAUGAUAAUCCGACCGCUUCAGCAAAUAACAAAACAGAUAUAGGGACCUUAGGGGUCUCUCAGUACGGUCCAAGUCUUCUAAAGGCACUUUCGAAUGUAAGAUUCAAGGGUUUAGCUGGAGAGUUUGAACUCAUUAACCGGCAGUUCAAAUUAUCAACAUAUGAGGUCAUCAAUAUUGUUGGAAAUGAAGAGAAUAUUAUCGGGUUCUGGAGACCAGGCAAUGGACUUAUGAAUGCUCAUUCAAAAAAGACCAUGUCCCUUGUAAGGGAGAGGUUCGGGCCCGUAAUAUGGCCCGGAAAGUCGAGAGUUGUUCCGAAAGGUUGGGAGAUUCCAACAAAUGUGAAGGUUCUUAGAGUGGGCGUUCCGGCAAAGAAAGGCUUCUUAAGUUUUGUCGAUGCAAAGACAGAUCCAAUCAGUAACAAGAUGAUUCCCACGGGUUACAGUAUUGACAUCUUCGAAGCUACUCUUAAAAAGUUGCCUUACUCAGUCAUUCCUAAAUAUAUUGCUUUCGAGUCUCCAGAUGAGAACUACGACGAAAUGGUAAAUCAAGUCUAUAUUGGGACGUACGACGCAUUUGUGGGAGAUGUAAGCAUCAUAGCAAAUAGGUCACAGUUUGUUGAUUUCACACUACCAUACACAGAGUCUGGAGUGUCUAUGAUGGUGCAGCUCAAGGACAAGAAGAACAAGAAUACAUGGGUGUUCGUCAAUCCUUGGAGCUUAGGCCUAUGGGUCACCACCGCUUGUUUUUUCGUAUUCAUUGGGUUUAUUGUGUGGAUUUUAGAACAUAGAGUCAACACCGACUUCCGUGGGCCGCCUCACCACCAGAUAGGGACUAGUUUCUGGUUCGCUUUCUCCACUAUGAACUUUGCCCACCGUGAGAAGGUGGUGAGCAAUUUAGCGAGGUUUGUGGUGUUAGUGUGGUGUUUCGUGGUGUUUGUGCUGAUUCAGAGCUAUACGGCGAAUCUCACCUCUUUCCUUACAGUACAGCGGCUCCAACCAGAGGUCACGAACUGGAAAGAUCUCAUAAGUAAUAACAAAAAUGUAGGGUACCAACGUGGGACUUUUGUGCUUAAGCUUUUGGAAAGUCAAGGGUUUCAUGAAUCUCAGCUGAAACCUUUUGGUUCUGCCGAAGAAUGCGAUGAGCUUUUUUCCAAUGGGACAAUUGCAGCAUCUUUCGACGAAGUGGCCUAUCUUAAACUUAUCCUUUCUGAGAACUGCUCUAAAUAUGUCAUGGUAGAACCAACCUUUAAGACGGCUGGUUUUGGCUUUGUAUUUCCCAAGAAUUCACCUUUGACGGAUGAUUUCUCAAGAGCGAUCUUGAAUGUGACUCAAAGCGAAGAAAUGCAACAUAUCGAGAAUAAAUGGUUCAAGAAACAAAGUAAUUGUCCUGAUCCGAACACCGAUCUUUCGUCCAAGAGUCUCAGCCUCAGUAGCUUAUGGGGUCUGUUUCUAAUAGCAGGCAUCACUUCAUUCUUGGCACUUCUCAUCUUCUUGGCCACCUUCUUGUAUGAACACAAGCACACACUCUUCGAUGAUUCUGAACAUUCCUUCCGUAGAAAGUUCAAAUCUUUGGUUAGAGUUUUUGAUGAGAAAGACAUAAAGUCUCAUACGUUCAAGGAGAAUGCCAUUCAUAAUGUGAGUUCACCUAUUACUCAAGGAAGUUCAUACCCUUCAACGAAUCGGAGCACUCCAUUUCCACAAAGUCCAACACAAACUAGGGAGUUUGAGUCAAUAAGAGUGCCUUCCAUCAUGAACGGAGAACUAUUCACGGUGCAAUUGGAACAAUUUGAAGAUGAGGCUACUACUCAUGUGAAGGUGGAUGAUAGAAAGAAGUUGCAAAAGUGCAUAACAAUUUAGCCAGUCUGGCUCAUACUCUUUUCUUGUGUGUAGAAAUAAUUAAUGUAUUACUUUUGUUGACGCUAUGUUGAGUUUAAACUAACCAAGGUUAACAUCUUGUUUUCCUAUGAA